AGCGCGUGACAGAUCACGUGACGGUCGAGGCCACGCCCUCCCCCGGGUGACGUCACCGCGCGAAGGCGGAAGUGGAGGGAGGGCCCUCCAGCAUGGCGGUGUGCGUGGCUGUAGUGGCGAAGGAGAACUACCCGCUGUACAUCCGCAACGCGCCGCCCAGCAACGAGCUCAAGUUCCACUACACGGUGCACACGUCGCUCGACGUGGUCGAGGAAAAGAUGGCGGCGGCCGGGAAGUCUGCCGGAGACCUGCGGGAGCUCUACCUGGGGCUGCUGUACCCCACCGAGGACUACAAAGUAUAUGGCUACGUGACGAACACCAAAGUCAAGUUCGUCAUCGUGGUCGACUCGUCAAAUACGUCGCUCAGAGACAAUGAAAUCCGAAGUAUGUUUCGUAAGCUGCACACGGCCUUCACAGACGUCAUGUGCAACCCUUUCUACAAUCCCGGCGAUCCCAUCCAGUCCACAGCCUUCAACAAUGUGGUCACGUCAAUGAUGAUGCAAGCCAGCUGAAGAUGCUGCCAAGAAAAGCACAGUGUGGCUUUUGUGUGUGCGAGUUCCGUAUACGUCUUUGUCGCAGUGCUUGAGUGCAUUUGUGUCAAUAAAUGUGUGUGUUGGUGUAUACAUGCAUUUGCUUGCUGUAUAGGAAUGUAUAAAUGAACGAUUGUGCUUGCUGUAUUCCUCGCCAGAGGUAAUUGGUUGUCUGAUUGGUGAGAAAGGCAACUGGGCAUGCAUAGCGCUGGCCCAUCUACUUAAUUUGUGCUAUACUGAUUUAGUAAGUGCUUCUCAACUGCACUUACUCUCGCAUUUUCAGGCCAAUUUGAAGAUUAUUUUAUUAUGCAUGCAUAUGUGUACUGGUGUGUGCAUUUACACACACGCCUCGUCUUUAUAAAUAUUUGACCUUGAAACGCAAAUUUGGUCAUGUAAACAUUUACACCACAAGAUGUGCUUAUUGGUUUUGAAUGCUGUUCGUUGACGAUUUCCUGUAAAUAAAUAAAAAAAAUAUCUUACGUGUUGAAUCUCAAA